GAGAUCCUAGUGGGUCGUCAUAUCAUCUCCUUCUCACCUUUCUCAGACCUCCAGAGGCUUAUAAGAGUCUUUCGCAUGACUCCUUAUGUUGUCUUCGUCAGUGCCGCCACCAGAAGCGAACAGGGGAACUGGAAGGUCGCGUGUUACCAAUCUCGUUUGGAAUUGUUUGGUUUAACGCUUAAGGAAGGGUACGCCAGCUCUGUGUUUGGGUGCAUGUACUGCGAUGCGGUGGGCGGCCCCUUUUUGACCACGCUAGCCACGCUUAAGGAAACGCCUCUUGACACACGUCUCCCAGACGAAGUCUUCUUUAGUGACUGGUUCAUGCGGGUGCAUGCCGGUGGCAAGAUGGGUGUCCUAUGCCCAGAUGUUUUGUUUUUUACAAGUGAGAGUCACAACAAUCCUUGGAAAAAGAGUGACCCCUGGGCUACCAUCGCCAUAAAAUGGGGUUUGACAGAUAUCCACCUGCCGGACCAUAUGGAACAUCAUUUCUCGUGUCUGGCCGCCAGGAUAGACUGUGCCUCGCUAAAACGCCACCACUUAGCAGCUCCUUCUUGCUGUCUGGCUCAACUGGGGUCUCUGCUCAACGAUAUGAUCCUCGCCCUCGAAAGUGUGCACAUAAAGGUACACUUAACUAAUGUGACGGUGGUCGACGGCAUCAAGGGAGGCCUGCAGCCCUGGGUGGACGACGUCCACCUGGCUGUGACAAACACCACUGACGACUUGACCCUACUACUGACACUCUUAAAGUCUCGCGGGUUUACUGUGAACUAUGACAAGGUGUCAAGCAAGUAUCACGUUCAGGCCUUCUCACACAACGUGGUAAUACAUCCUUGCUCUGUUGACUUAGAGUCUGAUCUUCCUCCUACUCUGAAGGGAGUGGCAACGAGAUUAACUAUAGGAAGUACCACUUUUCCGGCACCCCCUAACCCAGGUCUUUACGCCCGUGGCUUGCUAGGUCCGGGGAGCCUUCUUCACCGUCCCUUGGGAGAAGACUGGCCCCAGUGUCACGUGCCAGGCCACCACGCCUGUUUGAAUCAUCUUCCUGUGGAUGGCACUGUCAUCAGACAGAAGAUUCGUUCUCUUUGAUGGCUCCGUCAAGAGGCGCGUCACUGUUGGGUGAAAUGGUCCCUGUUGUGAUCUGAGCAGCAAUAAUGUUUUGUUAGGCUGACAAGCGUGAUGAGUCGACACGUGAAGCGGGAAGCAGGAAAUCAAGAAGAACGCUGCAUUUUGAGCCAGUUCAGUACACGCCUUGUAAACCUUCGAGCAGAGUGCUGAGCCAAGGAUUGUUGCGCGGCCGUGUCUCGCGCGGCACUUAUCAGAGGCUGACCCCUUGUCGUACCAGCGGUGUGUCCUCGGGUUAUCUUGAGUCAUCGACGCCAUCAGGGUGUGAUAUUAAUCGUCAAGACUCAAGGAUUCCGUGAUAGCAGCGUGAUUCACCUUCUGUAUCGUGAGAACCAAAAACUUCGCUGACCUUCCUGCCGCCCAAGGUUGUGGCUCCCGUAGCACCAGACGUCCACCUCAUCUGCCCCUCACCUGUCUGUCCCUGCGCCCCUCACACCCCAUUACCCGCCACUCACACCCAUUCACCCGCCCUUCACUCCCCUUCAGCUGCGUUUCAGCCGGUAGACACACCUUUUGCUUUGUUAAUGGAACUUUCAAAGAUAUUAGGAGUGUUUUCUGAUCAUUUCCCUCUUGAGAUAUUAAUGAGAAGCCUUGUUGUUCUCGUCCACGCCUGUCUCACCCAACCACUCCUCCCGUGUCUCCCAUCCUUGCCUCACCAGCCUUAGUAUUUCUCAGUGUUCCUCUUACAUUAAUUUGUUUUCCUUGCUACUACUUCUGCUACUACUACUACUACUACUACUACUACUACUACUACUACUACUACUACUACUACUACUACUACUACUACUACAAUAACGACAACAACGACAAUAAUAACGACAA